CAUGGCGGCUGCGAAGCCCAGCCUGGGCCGAGUGCUCCCCGGAUCAUCCAUCCUAUUCCUGUGUGACAUGCAGGAGAAGUUCCGACAUAUUGCAUACUUCCCCGAGAUUGUCUCUGUGGCCGCCCGCAUGCUCAAGGUGGCCAGGCUGCUGGGGGUACCCGCUGUGCUGACAGAGCAGUACCCAGCAGGCCUGGGCCCCACAGUGCCUGAGCUGGGGGCUGAAGGCCUGCGACCGGUGGCCAAAACUUGCUUCAGCAUGGUGCCUGUGGUGCUACAGGAGCUGGACACCCGGCCCCAGCUGCGUUCUGUGCUCCUCUGUGGCAUUGAGACACAGGCCUGCAUCCUGAACACCACUUUGGACCUCCUGGACCGUGGGCUGCAGGUGCAUGUGGUAGUGGACGCCUGCUCUUCUCGCAGCCAGGUGGACAGGCUGGUGGCGCUGGCCCGGAUGCGGCAGAGUGGUGCCUUCCUCUCUACCAGUGAAGGGCUGAUUCUGCAGCUUGUGGGUGAUGCCGCCCACCCCCAGUUUAAGGAGAUCCAGAAGAUCAUCAAAGAGCCUGCCCCGGACAGCGGGCUGCUGAGCCUCUUCCAAGGCCAGAACCCCCUCUUCCGCUGAACUGCUCACCCUGAAGACCACCCUCCUGUCAUUGGGACCUCUGUGAAAUCAUUUCACCCCCAUCCUUGGCUCCCAAGAGUGGUGCAGUCCACAGGGAGUACCACCCCCCCCCCCCGGAGGGGAGGUGGAGCGCCACCUUGCCAUUGGGCCAGAGCGCCGGAAAUGCAAAUGAGACUCCAGGAAGCUGUGCGGCAGUUGGCUGAGCAGAGCUGGGGGCGGGGCUCGGCCCCGGGCCACUUCACGAGGCGGGGAGGGGCGGGGGAGGGAGUAUCACAGGCUGUGGAACGCGGACUUGCAGAAUAAACAUUGAUGUGGCUGUGGACCGAA